UCAACCUCAUUCAACUUCCGUUCCAAGUGGCAAGAUGGCGUGCACGUCGUAUUUUCUGGUUUCUCUUGCAACAUUUUCAGUUGUUUCAGGCUUAUAUUUUCACAUUGGUGAAACAGAAAAGAAAUGUUUCAUAGAAGAAAUUCCGGAUGAAACAAUGGUUGUUGGAAGGUACAAAGUUGAAAUCUUUGAUAGAAAUGUAAAUGACUAUGUCCCGACAGUCUACGGCCUAGGGAUGCAUGUAGAAAUUAGGGACCCGGAAGAUAAAGUUGUCCUGUCAAGGACAUAUGCUGCUGAGGGUCGGUUCACCUUCACCUCACACUCAGCAGGGGAGCACGUGGUUUGUCUCCACUCCAACUCUACAGCCUGGUUCUCUGCUGGACAACUGCGUGUGCACCUGGACGUGCAAGUGGGAGAGCAUGCAGUCGACUACCAGCAGAUCCAGGCCAAGGACAAACUAAGUGAGCUUCAGCUGCGUGUGAGGCAGCUCCUGGACCAGGUGGAGCAGAUCACCAAGGAGCAGAACUAUCAGAGGUACCGAGAGGAGAGGUUCCGAUCUACCAGCGAGAGCACCAACCAGAGAGUACUAUGGUGGUCCAUUGCCCAAACACUCAUCCUCCUUGUAACAGGCUUCUGGCAAAUGAGACAUUUAAAGAGCUUCUUUGAGGCUAAGAAGUUAGUUUAAUUAAUACAAAUGUCAUGGGCACAGUUAGUGAGAAAAGAGAAUAAAAACCCACAGAACAGUAAUAAAGAUAAUAGUUUAGCAAAGACGUUUGCGUUUUAGUGACAGUGAAAGAGCUUUGACUUUUAGCCACCAGUCUCUGACCUGAGUGCAAGAGUUACUUCCCUUAGUCCAUUUCACAGUUGUCCAUUCAUUAAAAAGCUUCCGUUUUCCCCCAGUUAUGAUUAUCAUGAUUAUAUCAUUCCAUUGUCAUGACGAAUGUUACUUUCACUGACUGUGUCCAUAAUAACUGCCUUACAUUCAUGGAAACGUGUUGAAUGCCUGGCUGUCUGAGAGAUCAUCUGGAGUAAUUGGUGGAUGUUUGGGAAUGAAUGAAUGUUGUUUUCUUCAAGGUUUAAGAAAUAUAUGCACAUGUUUUAUUUAAAUAUUAUGUACAGUACUUUCAGGUAUUUUAUUUGGAUUAUGUUCCUGGUAAUCCGUUGAGUGUUUUCGUGUUUCGUGCUGCUUGUUCUGUCUAGCUUGGUAAAUAUAAAUAGUAAUAUGGAAGUAGGUACUGUAUCUGACUGUACAUAAGUUGGGUAGUGGAGUGUUUGUGGGGGAUCGGGAAAGUCAUCAUUGAAUCUGUCAGUCAAAAACUGCAAACAUGAUAUAGAUGUAAUCAUUGUAAAAACUCUCCCCAACUGUUGUUAUUUUGUUGAAAAUGAAUUGAAAUUUCAUUUUAUUGUAAUUAUAUAAAGGAGUGUUACAAUUCUUUUGUGGACAUUUUUUCGUAUUUGCACCGUUGACUCAGGAUUGACGUUUUGAACCAGCGAAGGCAUGUUUAAAUUGUUUGAAUCAGCCCUCAAUUCCCGAUCAUUUAGGUGAAGAAAUACUUAAGCCGUCGUCAUCCAUGCAGAAGACUGCAACAGAUCUGAAUUGAAAGUUGAUCAUGCAAGAAGUGAAAUUUUGAAAAACCCUAGUCACUGAAUGAAUGAUACGGGAAUGACAUCAGCAGAAUUGAUAUUUUCAAUAGUCAUAAUUUACAACUAGCAUGACUGAGAAAUGGGGCUGCUCUUUUGGUUGGCUGCAAGAAAUUACUGAUUAUCAAUUUGUGUGAUAUGCUAAGCCUUGUGACCCGUCAAGACAGCAUGACGCUUUAUUUGUCUGUCGUAUUCAGAUACUAGGUCAGUGAUGUAAUUAUCUUGGUAACUAUAAUAAAUAUGUUUUAUGAAAAA